CGGCCAGUGCCUCUGUUUUCGGCUGGAGUUGCGCUCUUCACGCCCGCCCUUAGCAUGUCCGAGACUGCGCCCGCCGCACCCGCUGCUCCGGCCCCUGCCGAGAAGACGCCAGUAAAAAAGAAGGCCCGCAAGUCUGCAGGUGCUGCGAAACGCAAGGCGUCUGGGCCCCCAGUGUCCGAGCUCAUCACCAAGGCGGUGGCUGCUUCCAAGGAGCGCAGUGGCGUUUCCCUUGCCGCGCUCAAGAAGGCGCUGGCUGCUGCUGGCUAUGAUGUGGAGAAGAACAACAGCCGUAUCAAGUUGGGUCUUAAAAGCUUGGUGAGCAAGGGCACUCUGGUGCAAACCAAGGGCACCGGUGCAUCGGGCUCCUUCAAGCUUAACAAGAAGGCGGCUUCUGGGGAACCCAAACCUAAGGCCAAGAAGGCGGGCGCGGCGAAAGCCAAGAAGCCCGCGGGAGCGGCUAAAAAGGCUAAGAAGACGGCGGGGACCGCCACCCCAAAAAAGAGCACCAAGAAGACCCCAAAGAAGGCGAAGAAGCCCGCUGCGGCUGCAGGUGUCAAAAAGGCGAAGAGCCCGAAGAAGGCGAAAGCGGCCAAGCCCAAGAAAGCGCCUAAAAGCCCAGCAAAGGCCAAAACGGUGAAACCCAAGGCGGCUAAACCAAAGACCGCCAAGCCCAAGUCAGCUAAGCCAAAGAAGACGGCAGCCAAAAAGAAAUAGGAACUUCUUUGGCCAGCUGCUUAGAGGCUUAACACAACCCAAAGGCUCUUUUCAGAG